AUGCUGGAUACUGAUAGGCUGUGGGUUUGCCUUCCUCACCGUAUACUGUGCUACGACGAGCACGCCAAAAUGAUCCAAGACAGUCGCUGGAAAUCUGGCUUUUCGACGAAGGUAAUGGGAAAAUUGCCGAAGAUUUGUCCGGGAACGGGCAACGAUGGCGAGCUCAAAGAAGGCGCAAAAUGGGAAGACGGACAAUUUGGACAAGCCGUUAUAUUUGAUGGAAAAGAUGAUUACGUCGAAAUCGCGCCCUCACUUCUGUUCAACCCAGAGGUGUUCACAGUCACUUUCUGGAUGCAUCCGACGGCUGUUGGGGGCAACAAUCCAGGAGGUAAGGGCUCAGCAACCCUUGUCAUUGCAAAUGGUAAUCCGGGGGACGGUGGGGGCGCGAAUUGGUGGUUUGAGUUCUGGAACGGCGGCAACUUUGAGUUCAAAAAGUUGUCAGGCGGGUUGUGCCGCGGCGAACACACCCGUGAAUAA